AUGAACAGUGUUUCCCGCCAGUCCGUCUUUAGCCGACUUGGACCUGGUGGGCUACUGUAUGCCGCAAACAAAAUAAUAGCGGUUGCUGCUGGCAAAGAUGAGGAACGUUGGCGUAGUAAGAACGAGGGGACCUUGUUCAAACGCUGGAAGCGCACAACUUCCUCUGUGGAGUCCAGCCCUCCUGUUCCUACGCCGACCACCCCAUCUUCGCAACCCUCCGAUUUGCUCAAAUUCUUAGCAAUUAAUGCAUUGGAGCUUUCAGCACCAGCAUCUGAUGCUUUGCUUAAAACACGUGCAUCAGAAUGGUUCCAGUUGUCUGGACAUCCAGGAUCUCUGGCACCUGCUGGCCCCGGUACUGUUUGGAAGAGGCGUGCCGCUGGCGAUCAUCCCAUGCAUAAUCCAGAGCGGGAUGCGUACGAGGCUCUCGCCGCCUGUCCCCAUAUGCGUUCCGCCAUACCUCGCUACUACAGAGAACUGGAGUAUGGUGGCGAGCAUUUCAUCGAAUUACAAGACUUAUUACAUGGAUUCCGCGAUCCCCACGUAAUGGAUAUUAAAAUGGGCACUCGCACUUUCCUAGAAGAUGAAGUUAGCAAUGCUCGUGCUAGAUCUGAUCUUUAUGAGAAAAUGGUUCGUUUAGACCCGAAUGCUCCCACCGAAGCGGAACAUGCUGCACGUGCUGUUACUAAGUUGCGUUACAUGCAGUUCCGUGAACAGUGUUCGUCGUCCGCCGAACAGGGUUUCCGUAUAGAAGCUGUGAAACUUCCCGGUCAACCACCACUCAAUGACCUCCAAAAAGUUCGUGAGCCUAAGCAAUUGGCUGCCGCAGUCGCACGAUUUCUUGGCAAUGAUGAUCGUGCUCGUCGCGCCAUUGCUGCUCGCCUCCGUGAAAUUAGAAGUAUGUUCGAAAAGUCAGAUUUUUUCCGAACUCAUGAAAUCGUUGGAAGCAGUAUAUUUAUUAUCUACGAUGAUGAGCGUGUCGGCGCUUGGCUUAUCGAUUUCGCUAAGACUCGACGCGUGCCAGAUGAUAUUAAAGUAACACAUAGACAACCGUGGCAACAGGGGAAUCACGAGGAGGGCUUCUUAUACGGAUUAGAUAGGCUUAUAAAUACGAUAGAAACUGCAAGAAUUUCUGAAGCAACUACAGAACCAGAUGUAUCACGU